UACUUCCCGCGAGAAUCCCGUUUCCUCAGUAGCAUUGCGGCAGUGAAGUGGGUAGCUCAGUGGAGGCGUGUGGGUGAGGGAGGCCGGAGUUGUGAAGGCCACCUGUCGGGAGACCAGUAACUGUGGUCCUCGACCAUUAGGGUUUUCUUCAGGCCUGAGCAGGGGAGAAGUUUAUCCGGCGCUGGUGUCCGGGCCAAGGGCCGCUAUUGACUAGUGAGUCAGGAAACAUCUAAAUAUGGUGCCCUCUGGAAGAAAGCACUCUGGGAAACCUGGGAAGUCAUCAACAGAGGAUCAGGUUAUAAAAGGCUAUGACUUUGAAAAAGAAGAUAAAAAAGAUCUGAGUGUUUCAGAGGAAGAUGUUACAGAAGGAAAGACUCCAGUAACUGAUAAACAUGGGAGGAAGAGGCCUUCUGCAGGAACAGUUGAAGAUGUUGGGGGUGAAGUUCAGAAUAUGCUGGAAAGAUUUGGAGCUGACAUUAACAAGGCUCUUCUUGCUAAGAGAAAAAGACUAGAAAUGUAUACCAAAGCUUCUCUCAAAACUAGCAACCAGAAAAUUGAACAUGUUUGGAAAACACAACAAGAGCAAAGGCAGAAGCUUAAACAAGAAUAUUCUCAGCAGUUUACGACUUUGUUUCAGCAGUGGGAUGUAGAUGUGCAGAAAGCUGAGGAACAAGAAGAAAAACUAAUUAAUACGUUUCGGCAGCAACAAAAGGUUUUCCAACAAUCAAGAAUUGUUCAAAGCCAGAGACUGAAAACAAUUAAACAGUUAUAUGAGCAGUUCAUAAAGAGUAUGGAAGACUUGGCGAAGGAACAUGAUAGUCUUCUUAGUGGUGCACAAAAUGAACUUAGAAAAGAAAUGGCUAUGUUGCAAAAAAAAAUUAUGAUGGAAACUCAGCAGCAAGAGAUGGCAAGUGUUCGAAAGUCUCUUCAAUCCAUGUUAUUCUGAUGACUCUUUGAAGAAAGAACUUGAACCUAUAUGAUACAAUUAUAACAUUAGCUAAGCAGCAUGUAAGUCUUUA